AAAAAAAUAAUAAUAAUGUAAAACGCUAAAUCUUCUUUUCACUGCUGUUCAGUCGGAUGUCUUCCUCCAAAUUGUUUAUUUAACUGCUAGUCGGAAAGAAAUGUAUUUCCGCAUAUCGACGGUCGUUUUAAUGUGUUGUUAUGGCAACGAAUCCACCUCCCGUGUGUUGUGGACUGUAGCAAACAUACAGCCCAGCUGCCAAGAGUUCGAGUUGAUUAACCUGUCACAUUUUUUUUUUAGGCACCUGUAAAUUAUACAGCUAUCGUCGCAUCCAUGGCCCAUUACAGAGCCUCUGAAUCUAAGCGAGAGCAAUUUAGAAGAUAUCUUGAAAAAUCUGGGGUCCUUGACACUAUAACAAGCGUUUUAGUGGCACUUUAUGAAGAGACUGACAAACCUAACAAUGCACUGGAUUUCAUAAAGCUUCACCUCGGUGCGGCCGGUCCAGAGCCAGCAGACGCUGAGGCUCUUCGCAUGGAGCUGGCUGAUCUACAACAGAAAUGCAACCUGCUCAUGGAGGAGAACAAAGAGCUGAGAAACAGGCUGAUGCAGUAUGAACCGUCGCCUGAAGAUGGAGCAGCACAGUAGAAACAAGGGGUUUUGUCUUUGCUUUCUGGGCUAAAAAAACGUUAAACAAUUGCAUUUUUUUGAAGAAUAUGUACAUGUUUAUUACAUAAUAAUAAUAAUAAUAAUAAUAAUGGAUGUACAGUGAACACAAAAUCGCUGUUAUUUUUUUUGUUAUAUAACAAGAAGCAACUUUUUGCUGUCAUAAGUAAAAAUCUUUUUUCAGCAUUUGGCAUUCGUUAUUCUCUUGAUGUCCUAAAUUGACAGUUGUUCUGUUUCCAACUAAAUAAUUCUGCUUACAUACUCAGCCCCUCAUCUAAAAUAAAUACAUUAAAAUUA